UCUGCACGUAGAGUAGGUCACUGGAUAUAAAAGAUGAAGUUUUCUAUCUUGGCAAUUCAUUCGUUUGUUCUGCUGUAGAGAAAUAGCUAGUGUCACAAUGAAGAGUUUCUUGUCCCAAUUACUUUUGAGUUUUGGCAUCAUCGCUACAGUUUUCUAUUGUGGAUCUGCCCAAUCAUGCCAUCUUCGAGAACUGGAUUUAUGUGCUGCUACUUUGGUGCUUUUCAAUCAGAGCCCGACAGGUGUCGCCACCAACGAACCAGAUCUGAACAGACAAUGCACAUACAUAAACGAAGCCGAGCAAUGCUUUAAAAAUUUUACUCUUCGAUGCAUGACUCCUCUUCAAAGAGAACUUCUCGGAUUUGUUAGCGAAGGAUCCGAAAAAUUACUUAAUGAGUAUUGUACUCCUGGAACAGAUCUGAGAGCGAAUUAUCUGAAACAUGCUCCAUGUUUAAACGACGCACAUAGCUUACAGAAAGAAUGCUUAACUGACUUGCAAGCAGGACUCGAAGCGAUAUCUACAUCCGAAUUUCAAAAUAGGAUUCCCAUGGCAUGCUGUGGUUAUCAAAGGUACAUGACCUGCACUAGAAACACAGUGGAGAAAAAAUGUGGCAAAGCGGCAGUAGAUUUCAUGCAACUUUUGCUUCGGAAUGCUGUUUCUAGGCUUCCAGACAUUGUGUGCACUGGCUAUGGAUCAGAAAAUCAUGAAUGCCACAAUCUGUUGCCCGCACCCGGCACUCAACCUCAAGGCUCCAAAUCCGAUUCAGUGUUGUCUCGGCUCUUUGCAGCCUAUUUAGGGAACUGAAAAAAUUUGAACUUCAUUCAGCCUAAUUUUGCCCAUUUUUAUAUGUUAUCAUCCUCAUAAUUAAUAAUUUCAUGUCGUUAAUCGAUUUACCUCAAUUAACACAUAACUUCAUUCAAAUGAAAAAUCCUGGUAGUAGGUAAACAAGAUGAGAAUGUCCAGAAGAGAAAUAUUGGAAAAUGCUUUGCAGAGAAGCAGAUUAUAUAGUACAAUAUUUAUUCAAUGAUAAAUAUUAAAGACCUUGACAAUAUUUCACAGUUUAAACCUUCCAACUUAUUUAUAUGCUAUACAUACAAGUAUGUAAGUAUUUAGAACAGCUGAAAAAUUCUACUGACUUCUAUUCAUGGAAAUUUCUUUCUAUAUCACAUUCUGAUUAUUGGUCUACUUAAAAAUCAGAAUUUUCAUAACUCACACAGACAUAAGAAUAUGGAACCGUAACAUCUCUAAAAUUAAAUUAAUUAAAUUGAACCUUACUAGAUGCUUUUUAUCAAAAGUUUAAAUACUGAAUUAUACUGAAAUAUAUGUGUUAAAAAGCAUUUUUAUUUAUUUAUUAUUAUUAUUAUUUAAACAUAACAGUUUAGGAAUUCUGAAUCAAAACAUAUGACGUCUUUAUGCAUCAUUCUUUUUAACUUUUAGAAGUUUAUUAUUAUUAUUAUUUUAGAAAAUGCCUCCAAUAUUUGAUAAAGACUUCUGGCAAAAUCAUUUGAAAAACGAGACUAAUAUUUUAUAUAAUAUUGAAAAUGUUAAUAUAAGGGUAGUUCUAACGCCCAGAGGGAGAAGUGCUUAGUGACUCUGACUGCCGUACCGAAAGGCCCGGGUUCAAAUCUCGGUGAAGGCAUGCAUGUAAAUUUUUCCUCCCUUCAGAGGAGCCAACGGUGGUUCACCUAUUAGCUGCCUUCAUAAUGGAGAGACCACCGCUUUGGCACUCAGAGUGGCUAACGCCCAUAAACGGCUAGUGCCGGCCGUUGGAAAAUAAGUUUAAAAAAAUUUUUCUAAAUUUUUAAAUUGUCUUUAGCGUUUAAUUUAUGUAAAUUUUCCAAAAUUACAUUAAUUUCCACAACUGGCACAUCUAAUUUUAAGGCUGAAUUUUUAAAUUUUUAAGAAAUUGAUAUUAUUUUACUUAUUAAGAUUUGCAUAUAACACUUGGUAACAGUGUAAGUUUUCCAGUAUAUUAACUGAUGCCCUUUUAGCACUAAUAGAACUAAAUAUGUUCAAAAAUUGCUUUUUUAUAAUGCAUUCUUCUUUUUAAACAAUAUUACUUCAAUAAUACGAUCCAACUAAUGACAGUUUGAUUUGAUUUUUAAAUUACUAUCCGUUACAUUAACGAAGACAACAAUUUAAGCGAUAUUCUCAUAACUUAUUGAAAAAUUAAAUAAUUUUUAAAACAUUUUCUCAGUUAUAAACAGAAACAUCAUUCCAAGUAUAAAGUAAAAUAGGACACAGCGAUUCUCAGAAGUAAUAUUUUUUUUUUUUUUAAUUGUAAGUUUGAUUCUAAUUUUCGAAAAUGUAAAAAAACUACUUUGUUUAUUAUGCCUCUGUACUUAAAUGUUUCAGUUUUUAUUUAUGUGAAUCCCAGCGGUGCAUCAUAUACAGUCUUUCAUCAUCAAGCCGUAUGAUAUACAUGACUUUUCACCUUUCAUUACAAUGUCAUUCUGUUGUGUUUUCAUGCGAUAAGAAUUGUUACAGUGUAGUGUGAAAUUUUAAAUAAAUAUAUAGUUUCUCUACC